AUUUAUUUUGAAUUUCUAAAAGGACUGUGUUGAAAUUGCAAGUAAAAGAACUGAAAUCUUCUCUUUAAAUAUUUCAAUAUGUCAUGUGCAACAUUUUUGAAAUGUUUUUGCAUUUCUCAUGAUGUAUUUGAGUUACUGGCGCAUAAUUAGUUACUGGUAUCAUUAUGAAAAAGCAGCAUUGUCCCAUAACAACACAAAUUGUUAUUGAGAUAGCGUAGUUAAUUAAGAUUGAAAUAAUAUUUAAAUGAUUCUAUUGAAAUGAAUUGCCGCCUAUGUCUUAAUAUCGCGAGUGAAUCCAUGCAGUUAUUUGAGGGAAUUGGCUUGUCCCUCAAAGCGGCAAGUGUGAUAGCUAAAUAUUUUUGGUUCGAGCCGAAAAACGAUGAUCCCAUAUCGACUGUUGUGUGUGUUGAAUGCUGGACCCGAGUAAACGACUUCAAUGAGUUUUACUGCACGGUGGAGAAGGCUCAUCGUCUGUUGACAGAACGCUUCUCAGUCAAGGAGGAGUAUCACUUACAGGAGCAGCUGGAACAAGAGGCGGAUGAAUUUCUUGCCGAAGCUGUUGGAAACAGAAUUUCUGAUAGCAGCUCUAGCGAAGCAUCAUUUAGUAAUGAAAAGUUUCUUAACGAUGUGGCCGAACCCGCUUUCAGUAAUGAUUCAGUUGCUGUCUUUGAACCAGAACCAGAGGAGCGUCGCCAGACCCGGUCCUCUGCAUCAGCCAAAAAUAAAAUGGAGCAAGCGGCCAAUAAAUCGUCCUCUCCUGAGAAUCCAAAUGCAAGAGUUAAACGAAGAGGCAGGCCGCGAAAAGGAUCACAGAAACCCGAGGAAUCUCAAAAGAACAAGAGAUAUGCCGACUACAAGAAGUCCAUGCUGGAAAUCGAUAUGAAAAUAGCGCAACACAUGCGUCUUAGCUGCGACAUUUGUCACGAGGGGCAGGAAACAUUUUUGUUGCUGUGCAAGCACAUGUUGCAGGUGCACAAGCGAAAGGGCUAUGCAACAUGUUGUAAUAAAAAGUUCUAUAAACGAUCAUUUCUCACGGAUCACAUCGAUCGCCACAUCGAUCCGGACAAAUUUAAAUGUGAUCUCUGUGGUAAGACAUUUGCUGACAAGCAGUGCCUGCGUAAUCAUGAGUUGCUUAAGCACCAGCCGGAUGAAGAGAAGACAUUCAAGUGCGAGCACUGUCCGAAACGAUAUACAAAACAAUAUUUGCUGGAUCAGCAUCGCAUAAUACACCAGGAACGUACUCUGCCCUGCGAAAUUUGUGACAGACGCUUUCCCAAUAUUUCCCUACUAAGCACACACAUCAAGAUAGUGCACGGGAAUUAUGGAACCAUGUGUGACAUUUGUGCGCAGGUCAUUCGCGGCAGGGCGGCAUUCAAACGACACCAGCUUGAGCAUGCUGGCGUUACUGAGCCGAAGGUACAGUGUGAUAUUUGUGGCUCGUGGCACAAAAAUAAAUAUAGUCUGAAGAAACACAUUCGCCGGCAUAAUGGCUCAUCUGAGGAGUGUACCUGUAAUAUUUGUGGCAAGGUGUCGCCCAAUCGUAGCGCAAUGCUGAGCCACCAACGUUACGUGCAUCUGGCAGACCGAAAGUUUGAAUGCAGUGUAUGUUCCAAGGCAUUCAAGAAGGCCAUAACCCUGAAGGAGCACAUGACUAUGCACACAGGCGAGGUGCUUUAUAAGUGCCCGCAUUGUCCAAAAACCUUCAACUCCAAUGCCAACAAACAUUCUCAUCGUAAGAAGUGUCACCCUAAGGAGUUUGAGGAGGCGCGCAAGGCUCGCACAGAAAAUCGGAUGGUGAAUUCGGAUGGAUCUGCUACUGCAAAUAGAGCCACGGUUACUGAUCCUGAGCCUGACCAGAUAAGCAACUUAGUUGAUUCGCAAAUUAUCACCAUUACGACGGACGAAGGUGGUGGGGACACCACAACACAUAACAUUUUAGUGACCACAGACGAACACAUUCCGGAAGAACUUAAAGGCGAGGGGAUUGUGUUCACGCUGUCCUAAAAACCAUACCGCAAAAAACACUUUAAUCUACAUUAUUUUGAUUUUUAAAGAUUAUGUUUAUGUUACGACAAAACCUCCUUAAGCUAGCGUUUAGUACAAAAUUAUUGAAAUAGAGAUUUAAAGGGAA